CGUUUUGGGCUUAGCCGUUGGUCGCCAUUUUAAGAACCUGCAGAAACCGGAGGCAGGCGGUUGUUACGCAGCAAACCUUGUACGUUUUCGGUAUUUUAAAAACAGCUUUCGUCGAUUUAAGGACCAAUGUCUCGAUUCAACUAUAAUCGCGGCGGUCUUGGGAUGAACCAUUUCCAGCCACGCCGAGGCGCUGGGCCCGGCGGUCCCAUGCGGGCUGGGCUAAUAGGAAACCCAAAUUUCAGGAACCAUCCUUUCCAGAAUCAGAACCAAAAUCGGAGGCCACCCAACAACAACUUCAACAAACCGCAGCAGACGACUCCCCAGAAGCCACAACAGAAUCAGUCGAUGCCAAUCAUUCCUCCGCCGAGUCCUGGCCCCGCUCUCACCAUGAAAGGCCCGAUGCAGCAACAGCAGCAAAAACCGGCCCCGCAACAGUCGGAGCAGCCGAAGCCGACCACCCCUGCCCCUCAGAACAAGAUCCAGUCACCGCCACCUAAACCUAACAUGGCCUCCCCUCAGCCUAACCAGGCCAACAAGAACCAGAACCCGCAGCUGAAGUCGCCGGUAGGAAAUGCUAACGGACAGAAGCAGCCUCCGCACCCAAGCCCGAAACAAGGACCACAGCAAGGCCAGAAGGGAGGACCGCAACAAGGCCAGAAGCCUGGGCCGCAACAGGGCCAGAAGCCGGGCCCGCAGCAGGGCCAGAAGCCGGGCCCGCAACUAGGCCAGAAGCCGGGUCAACAGCAAGGCCCCAAGGGACCUCAACAGCAAGGCCCCAAAGGACCUCAACAACAAGGCCCGAAGGGAGGCCACCAGGGCCAGAGGGCUGGUCCUCAGCAAGGCCAGAGGACCGGACCACAUCAGGGACAGAGGACCGGACCACAUCAGGGACAGAGGACAGGGCCACCGGCGAUGAAGUUCAAACAAGAACCAGCAAACAACGAAGCAGCAGAGCCAGAAGAGGGUGAAGCAAAGGCAUUUAAGGCAACACUGUCAAUGCUGCUGAAGCCUGGUGAGAAGACAUACACACAGAGAUGCCGUUUGUUUGUUGGUAACCUGCCGAACGACAUCACUGAGGAAGAUUUCAGGAAGAUAUUCGCAAAAUAUGGAGAGCCCAGUGAAGUCUUCAUCAACAAGGGCAAAGGCUUUGGUUUCAUCCGACUGGAAUCCAGAGCACUCGCAGAGAUAGCAAAAGCAGAGCUGGAUGACACGCCAAUGAAAGGCAGACCUUUGCGUGUUAGAUUUGCAUCACACUCUGCAGCACUCUCUGUGAAGAAUCUAUCGCCUUUUGUCUCCAAUGAGCUCUUAGAAGAAGCUUUCUCACAGUUUGGAAUGGUUGAGAGGGCCGUCGUCGUCGUCGAUGAUCGUGGGCGCUCCACAGGCAGGGGUAUUGUCGAGUUUGCAUCCAGACCUGCUGCCAGAAAGGCUCUGGAAAGGUGCAAUGAGGGUGUCUUCCUGCUCACCACGUCACCUCGCCCUGUUGUUGUGGAGCCUCUGGAACAGUAUGACAAUGAAGACGGCCUUCCAGAGAAACUGGCACAGAAGAAUCCAAGAUAUCAAGUAGAACGUGAGGAGCCUCCUCGUUUUGCUCGUCCUGGAACUUUUGAAUUUGAGUACUCCAAGCGCUGGAAGUCCCUGGAUGAAAUGGAGAAGCAGCAGAGGCAGCAGGUGGAGAAGAACAUGCGUGAAGCCCGUGAAAAGCUGGAGAGUGAGAUGGAGGACGCCUACCACGAGCACCAGGCCAAUCUGCUGCGGCAAGAUCUGCUGAGGCGACAGGAGGAACUGAGGCGCAUGGAGGAGAUGCACAGUCAGGAGAUGCAGAAGAGGAAGGAGAUGCAGCUCAGACAAGAGGAAGAGCGACGGAGACGAGAGGAGGAGUUGCUUCGGAAGAGGGAGAUAGAAGAACAGAUGCGCCGCCAGCGUGAGGAGAACUACAGGAUGGGCAACUUCAUAGAUAGGGAAAGGGAGCUGAGGAUGCAUUCCAGUGGUGCUUUGGGCAUGAGUGAUUUGCCCUUUGGUGGAUCUGGCCAGAAGUUCCCCAUGAGUGGACUGGGCUUUGAGGGUCAGCAGGGAAUGGGACCAUCUUCAGGAGGCUUGUUGGGCAACGAAAUGCGUGGUGAGCGCUUCACCCAGGGCGGUCCUAGGGGGAUGGGUCCUGGUAACGCCGGGUACGGCAGGGUCCGUGAGGAGUUUGAUGGCCCUGCUAAGAAAGCCCGUUUCUAAAUGCUGCUCUGUGAUACUUCCAGCCGCACUAUUUGUAUAGAUUCUCCAAAACGAACAUGUUGAGUCGCAUUUCUUGUAUUUAAGUUUCAAAUGUUGCAGCAUUUUAGCCAGACAAUUUACUCAUUUUAUGACAGUCAAUAUUUUCAAUUUUUUAUUUUGUAUUGUCUCUAGUGUGGAAAGAGGUCACCCUUGUGUGAUCCAGUAGUUCUUUCAGACCAUGUAUAAUUUUCUUUUCUAGUUGUAUUAUGCUCUGUGAGUCGUCGUGAAGUGAUAACUGUAACAUUUUUCUCAACUACCUAUGGCUGUGUUUUGUGCCAUACAUUUGGAGUCAAAGCAUGUAUUAUAAUAAAGAGACAUUGGUUCUAUCCGGACAACCCUUUUAACGUUUAUUCCUAAAGUUGAAUCAUGCGGUAUGAUUAAAAAGCAAAUCCCAACAAUGGGUGAAAUAAGAUAGAUACAGCUGCCAAAAUAGGCCUUAAAGAGUCUAUGUGCUAUCUCUGCCACAGUCCUGGCCUUUUAAUUAGACGUGUACAACAAAAUUUCAAAAAAUGUGGAGUGUCUGAUAGAAUUAUUGAAAAUACCUCUCUCUGUCUUUUGCUUCUUUAUUUUUCUCCCCGCAAAUUCAGUUGACUGACAGGUCACUAUUCUAAAUAAAUAUACUAUGUGGAGUUUUUGACAAUGGUAAUUAAACAUGGAUGUGAAAACACUGGAUGAUUUAAAGCCUAAUGAUUGUACGGUGCAAGAAACGCAGUGAUUUCUAUUACACAACUUCAAAUCACUGUUCAGACAGAACAAAGAUCUCGUUUUUUGAGACUAAAACUUGUCAUUGUUUUUCAUAUUUAUGUGGCCGCAUCGGCUUUUUCUGCCAUGCUUCAGGACAGCAGAAAUACUACACAUAGAACCUUUAAGACCGCCUGUGGUUUAGUUUGACGCUGACAAACAUUCUGCUCACAUCACUGUCUGUCAGACAUCGUCCACAGAAGUGUGUGCUUGCAUGCUUCCAAGUUGGGGUUACUGACUACGUUUACAUGCAGCUCAAUAUGUAUUUGAAUGGUUCUGAGCAGCAUUCAGUCGUUUUUUAAAAACCGGUGCAUUCUAAAACUGCGCUUCCAGUUUGUGUCGCCACUUUUACAGCUUUACCGUAGUUGUACUGAUCCAUGUAUUAUGCUUCUAAUAACCCGAUACUUUCUCCUUGUGUUUUCUUAUAUGUAUAUUAGUUCUGUAGAUGGCCCACCGUUCACAUGUACAUUUUUCCAUCAGCAGUUUGCAUUCACCAGCUCAACUGCCAAUAUGGCAACAUGUUGCUGCUGUUAUCAUAUGUUUAUAAUUAAUUUUGACCAAUAAGAUCUGCACAAGUGUACUCAGUGCAUUGUUGCUACAGCCCUAAUGAAUAUAAUGAUGCUUUUAGCCCCACUUUUGCUUCUGGUAAUGAAAUAAUUUUAUUAGACAGCCUAUGGGUGAAUGUUUGUGUCUGUGCUGACCUUUUAGUGACAAAUCUAAUAGAAAUUGUAGUUAAGUAGUUAUAUGGCUGAUAGCUUUAUUCUCUUAAGUGGGAUAUCAUUAACGGCUAUUGACAGCUGUUUACUGUCUCAGUGGAACAGACAGACCUGCAUGUAAACGUAGUCACUUUCAGUGAUGUACUUAUUUUAGGUGCAACAAAGAUCUACAAAGGUUGUUUGCAUAAGUAACUCUAUAGUAAAGCAACUGACAUAAAAUCUUACCUGAUUUGAGUGUCAGUACAGUAGUUUCACUAUUUGUUGGAAUGAGUAGAUCUGCCUGUCUAUGACUGGUAAAGGGCACAUUUAGAAUUAUGUAAACAAGUGUUGUGGGUGUCUUGAAAGCAUGAUAUCCAACAGAAUCAUAAAUGCAUCAAGCAUAAAUGUGUCAAAUUUGCUCUGUCUGAUGAAGACAUCAAGCCUUUUUGAUUACGAAAAAGCAAAAAAACUAGCAAUGAGUGACAUCUUUAACAGAAGUCUGACUAAUUCUGGUCAUGUGUCGAGUUUAUCUACAUGCCACUAGUUUAAUGUUUGAGUUGGCAAUCACUCAGUAUUUAAUGUAGGAAGUGGAAACAAGUCGUGAACUUGCACAAGUAGUACUUCAUUGUCAUGGUACUUGCAAGAACAAAAGAACUCCAAAGACUCAACUUGUCAAGGCAUAGGAUGCCCUGGUUUUCAGAAUUAUAAGCCAGUAAAGCUGCAAGAAUUAGGUUGUACUGCAGCGAGAUUCAGACGAAUUCUUAGUGCCUGAUGGCAUGAAGUCCAUCAGCAUCCUUUCUAGUAAGCUGAUGGUAGACUAGUAUCUGUGUCUUGCAACCAUGUGUUUUAUUAUAUUUAACUGGGUUGAAGUGCUUUUAUUUUCUCCAGAAUUGCUUUAGCUUUGCUUUGAGGGGGUAAUCUUUUCCAGACGCACCAUCUCACCUGGUUUUAUGUUAUGUGGAUUACAUACAGCAGUGCCCAUUGACUACAAUCUUUUUUUUUAGCUUUUCAGCAGACACAGCCUCCUUAACCUCAUUGUAGCAGUAUUAUAAGAACGCAAACAAUAUCAAAAUCCAUUUAAUAAUCGGGUAACUUCUUAAGCGCAGACAUAGCAACUGCUCUCUGGAGAGAUAUUUCUGGAAGACGAAAACAAUUGGAUAGUAAUAGUUGGUAUUAUUUACCUUGGGUUAUUGAAAUUACAUGAUUUAAUUUGGCACAUUGAUGAAUUAUGAGACCUAUCACUUGUGCAACUAUGAUUGGAUAUUAAUGUACAACAGAUGGUUUCAAACCCUUUCUGUUAACAUCCCAUUACUACUUGAGUUCACAUUUUUUAUUCUCCUGCCCACUCUGGUAUCACCAGUACCUGGUUAGAAGUACAUUUAAUGGACACCACCAUCCAUUCACAACUUGCCUCUGCAACCUUCUAUCAGAGUUGUGUGGAAACAGGGGACAGCUUGAAAAGUGAGUGUAAGUAAUGUUGUAAUGAUUCUUACUUAAUAUAGCAUGAGUUUCACUCUGACUUUCUGUGGACUAUUGAAGGUGUAUACUUUAUGAAACUGUAUGGCAGUAUGACUUUUGAUACUUCUCCUUUUUUUAAUAAUGCUUGAAUCUGAUUAUCACCCUAAUGGUUUUUCCACACAGUUUAAACAUUAAGUAACUCUGGAGUCACUUGCUUUUAUGCUCUUUUGUCAACAGUAAAGGUCUAUCGAAUGGCUGACUUUAUACAGCAGUCAAAUCUCUAACCGGAUGACCACAGUGCAUCCCAUUGUAGGACUUUUUAUUUGUCAUUUAGCCAAGGUUUGCCAAAACAAUUGAGUAAUGAAGACUUUCAUAGACUUUAAAAUCAGCUGUAGUGUACCUAUUAAUGUAUCCUGCAUAGUAACUAAACAUAUCAGCAUAAGAUUGGGAAUCUUUUUGCUUAGUUAUAAGAAAGCAUUCAUCAUGCAGUAUCCGACAACGCGCCAGAAAAGGCUGCAAAAAGAGGACUGCAAUGCUUGGCUGUGUUUGGUAUUAGAAUUGGAUGUCAUGGAGUGUUCAUCUCAAAUGUUACGUGUGUUUGUGUUAUGUACAUUUUUUCUUUAACAGGUAUGACCAGCUUUAAAGAUUUUGGACUGUGGAGGAAGUUGUGGCUGUGUAGUGUGAACUCAGGAAUGCUUUAGCUAAGAAACCCAAACACUGGACUUUCGGAGAUUAUCUUAGUGAGAUUCACAACAUCAUAAAUGCAAAAUUAAACAAGGAUGGACAGUAGUUUGUAAGUACAUGUAGUGUGGAUAAACGUUAGGCUUUGGUUCCAAUCCAGCCCUGUGGCAUUCCUCUUGCAUUAACAUUUUGGAACUACACAGGUAAAUACCAACUUUUUCAUAAAUAUCAAGAACAUGGCUAACUUUGAAAGUUGUACCUCAGAACAUUUUUAUGUAAGUUGGUGCUCUUCUAACAUUUACAUUAUAAAUACUUUUCUGCAAAUAGUAUCUCUGUCCAGAAAUUGUGAAUAACACAACAAUAUUAACAUUUCUGAAAGCGAAUGGCAUAAGGUUUAAUUGAUAUAGUUCUGUCAUUCAUGUGACAACUUGUCUGAUAUCAGUUAUUUAUGUUGCACAUUUAAAACAGAUGCUGACCCAAAUUGCUUUCCAUUACAAAUAAAAGAUGAAAUUGCAGGAAUCAUUGUACUUUUUUUAUUUUUUUCAUUUAGCCUUUAUUUAACCAGGUCGGUCCCGUUGAGAUACAGUGACCUCUUUUUCAAGGGAAGCCUGGCCAAGAUAGCAGCCAGAGAAACAUUAAAAGUGCAACAAUUAAAAACAGACAACACUAACUCACUCAACAAAAUAAAUAAAAUACUUAAUUUGAGGAAAUCAAAGUCUGUGUGUAGCGCACAAUACCAAAUUGAUUUUAGGUAGUUAAAUCAGAUUAUCUGGAGAGAAAUAUGCACAAGUAAUUUUAAUCUGGAACCAUUUGUACCCUUUUACACUGUGCUCUUGUUGCUAUUAUGAUUUUUUUAAUGACACCCUAAAGCUAGUGGAACAUCGUACCAACAGCUUUUAUUUGCUCAAGUUCAGCUGUUGGUUAUUCCAGAUUUUUAAAGAUGAUUUCUACACUGAGUUGCAUGUUUAUUUUCGAGGUGAAAAUGAAAUGAAGUAGCUGAUUUAAAGAACUGAUAAUUAUUCUCAUGGUUGCUAAACUUGUUUUAAGUAGAAGUCUUUUCUCCCUUGAUCAGAUUUCAUUAAGUAAAUUUAGGACAACAGCUUGAACUUUACUGCUCGUUAAUCAAUAGUUUGUUGAGUGUCGCGGCAGCAAUGAACAGAUAUUUAAUGUGCUCAACAGAAAAUAACCUCUAGAGGAAAUACCCAGUAACCGAUGGAAACACCAAUACCAUAAAAAACAAAGUCGAAUUACCGCCAAUAUUCAUGAGAUCAUACGACACCUAAAAUCGGCUAAAAAUUAAAUGUAUAUGGAGCUAAUAAAUAUUUGUCCAUGUGAAGUUUAUUUUAAUAUAUACAUAUUAUGUAAUUAUAAUUAGAUUUACAUAAAUUAUUUUGUCUAAGCCAUAGAUAGACAGGAUCUGAACAUCCCUCAGAACUUUACUUGACCUAAAUGUAAAUUUUAAACCUUGUAAUGUUAUGUCUGUGUGUUGGUGUUGUGUACACUUUGUUUUUCUUUAACAGGUGUUGGACUAUGAAAAGGAACUUUCCAAUCCAAGACAUUCAGAGUCUGUAGCUUUUGUUGGAGCAGUUUUGUAAUCAGCUAUCACUCUGGAGGACCAGAUAGAAGAAAAGCAAUCAUUUUUGAUGGUGGUGGCUCAAUAUCGGGAACUGCAGCUUGGAAAGCUGGCGGAUAUUUGGUCAUUCACAAGUUCUCAAACCUGAAAUAAUGUAGCAGACUACACAGUGAAAUACAGAGGUUCAGAACAAGGACUCUUACUGCCAACAUAUUGUGAAAUGGAAACCCAACUCUUGACUCCUUAAAGAGAUGUUUAUAGACAACGUUUGACUAAAGGUGGCACCAAGUACACUUAACAGACUGAGAAGAUAGAGUUACAGAGGUGUGAAAGAGAGAUCGUCUGUCGUUUACACAUUUAAAUACCAUUAUUGAAGCAAAACUGGAAGCUUUGAUGUAUAUUUGUGUAGAAAAUGUCUUUGUCAAGGUGUUUAAAGGCACCAAGCAGAUGUUAACAAACUUCUAAGUAUCUAUUUUACUGAGUGACUGAGAUGUCCUCUAAUGCAAACACAUUUAUAUACUAGACAUUCUUAGCCGGGAUCGACCGAUUAUUAGCCAGGCUGAUUGGUAUUUUUUCAAUUUUUUAUAUCAUUUUUUUUAUCGAUUACUGCAAAAUAUCUGAAAUGCACUAUUUUGGCUCUGAUGCAGUCGACUGUCUGUUUCUGCAUUCGCUCUGCAGUCUAAAGGAAGUGUCCCGUCUACAGCUCUCUGAUUGGUGACGUGUCCUGACACAGCCAGUCACUGAAAGCCAUACAGCCAACAGAUGAGAGCAUUAGCAUAGCGGAACCGCUCCAGUGAAUUAGCAGAGCUGUGUUUCAGAGAAGAGGUAGAAGAUGUUGCUGAAGUUUUAAUAAAACUCCACCAUCUUCCACAAACAUGACUAGUUUCUCUGUAACACAGGAAAUGCUCCAAUAAUUCAGUUGUUCAUGUUAACAAGUGAUGUAACUGGAAUUUCUUUGUGCGGCUACUGUGGCUGUCGCUAUGGCGUGUGCUAUGCCUUGUAGCCUGUGGCUAACACUAAAGUGCUGUAACAUGUUUUUAAAAUAUGAUUAACUUGACAGUCUUUGCUGACAGAUGGGUCUCUCUAGCAGAGACUGAAGAAGAAGCACAGCUAAAUCAGGACACUGUCUUAGGCUACGCUAGUGGCUAACUUAGUAGGCAGCCACAGAUUACCCUGACACAGUUUCUGGAAAACAUUAAGAAAUAGUGGUUUAGAUCUGAGCAUUAGUGAACAACAAAAAUGACAAAACAGUAGAUUAAGAAAAGUGAAAAUAACAGCAGCUCUAAUGGCAGGAGACAACCUGUAUUAUUAAUCCCAGUCAGUUGAUCUCAUGGUAAACGGGAGAGCAUCAUAGUGUCAUCGCUGAAAUGUCAUCACUCCUAUUUCUGUUGUCCGUGUUCAGUUACAGUAAUCCUUAUUAAUGAAGGAUCCCAGUCGUGACUGACAAGUUCCCUGCUGUCACAUGCUGUUACUAUAUAAUAUUUAAUGUAUAUCUUUUUCAAAUAUCUGACAUCCACGUUUCUUGAUUAACAAUAAUUAACAUCGGCCCCGAAAGCAUCUUUAUCGGUCGAUCCCUAGUUGUUAGUUGACGAACAGUUUAGACUGUAAAAUAAUUACGUUACAGAAGUCUGAACGCACGAGAAGCAAGCUGAAAAUUUCCAACGCACUGAUUUAGCUUUACGAAGAGAAGCUUUGAAACCGACGUCUUCGUUAGAGAUUUAUUAGUGCAUCAAGCACAUCUAACAUACUGUAAAGUAAUUAUACUACUGAGGUUGACAGACAUUACAAACACUUUUUCACUUUGCAUUACUGCAUAAAAUUGAAAUCAAAGCUUAGACUUUCUCAUUUUCAAAAAAAAUUUACAUCUAGCAUUUGUCUAAUGAUGAUGGAAAGGACGCUGCAUGAAUAAUAUACUGAGUUUCAGGAUGGGAUCUCCCUACUGCCUGUUAGGGGUGUAACGGUACGGGUAUCUGUUCCAAACUGUUCCUUACGUCACAUUCAUUGUUUCAGUUAUUCGCUCUGUUUCCAUGACAUGUUUUCGUUUUAAGUGUAUUUUUUUCUUCAUGUGCAUAAAGCAAAUAAAAGGAGAUAAAAACAUUUUUUUAAAUAAGCUCUGAUGAAAUAAGCUUUUGCCAUUUUUUAAAAAAUAUAUAUAUACAUUUGUGACAUUUAAAGUUUGCUUCAAAUUCACUUUACUAUUGUAUUGCAGCAUAGCUGCUGUUUAUGUUGGUGCAUUCAGUCAGCGAUAGUACAUUAGCAGGUUUAGCCAUGAAAGCUGAGCUGCUACUUUGCCAGCUUUGUCAAAGAUGAACUGUGUGCUAUUGAUAUUUAUUUAGACUGUAUCCAGUCAGGAUUUUGUGACUGGCAGCAGUUCAGUUCACAACCUCUACAGUAAGAAUUAUGGCCAAUUAGACUCUUGUGAAUAUUUUGAAUUUUUAGAAAGUAAUGGACAAAUUUAGAUUUAUGCAUUUCUUUCGUUAACUGAACUUGCGGCUACAUUCUGAACCAUGAACCUUUUGUACCGUUACACCCCUACUAUCUGGACAUUUUGACUUUGAACAGCGACCUUCCUCAGGUUUUAACUUUGAACCCACAACCCAUAGAAGUUCUCUUUUAUAAUCCCUGUCUCUAAAGGCAAAAACUACACCAGUAAACCUGACCAACGUCCUAUUCACCAGCGUACCUGAGGCAGGAAGUCCCAUGCACCUUACUGUUGAAGAGAGGAUGGCGUGUUGUGCCCGUGUGGUUGUGCGUGUUUCAUGUCUUUGGGUAAAUGAGGUGUGUUAGCUGCUGUCAGCCAGCUUGUCAAAGACAGGCUGCCCCAGUCCACAGUAGAGGCUCUUCUCUGCAGUUGGGUUACAUUGACGAUGAGUAGUUCUGCAGAAGUCAGUGGACAGUAAAGCCUGGACUUGUUUGCACUGCAGCCAGAGGUAUGCUUACACAGAUCAGCUGAACACGUGAGGUAAGUGUCCCAUCCAUGUUUAUAAUACAAGAUGCACAGUUGUCCCAUAACUUAACUCUUUCUGUCCUCUUCCUCCCUGUCGCUGCUCACAGUGACGUAUGCAGGCAUCUGGCAUCACACUUAUAAAGAAUGGCAUCACAGUGCAGAUCUCUGUUCUUGAACCUUUUUGUGUGUGUGGCAGCGCUGUAGCCGUGCGGUCUGUGUGGUUGUAGUACUUUGGCCUCUCUGUACGUAUGCAUGAAAACAAGUGUGUGUGGACGGCUGAGUCACUGGUUCGACAUUAGUGUCCAAAGGCAGAUGUGUGCUGCAACAAACUGUUUUCGAGUGUUUCUGUCCUAGCAUUGCUUGGGCCGUUAAAGAAAAAUUAAUAAUGAAACUUUUCCUAAAGCAGAAGUCUUGUACAUUCGUACAAUAUAUUUCAGUUGUAUUUUCUUUGUUUCUUUCCUGAAUUCAUGUUUAUUUUGCCGGAAAUGUAUUUUGAAGCUGAUUAGUUGUGCUAACAGGCAGGUUGUGUGAAGCAAUGAACAAAAAAAAAUAUCACAACAUCUGUUUCUUCAGUUUUCCCUUUUUUAUGUAUCUGACUGUUUUAUAGUGAUUCUUCUUAUCAGAACACGACAUGAAUUAAAUAUUUCUGCUUUAGUACAUUUUUAUUGUAUUAUUUAAUAUUUUGACCACACCGGAUGUGUAUUUGUGAUUAGUAGGGCUGGAAUCAUUCAAAGAAAACGUUGGUCAGCUCACCAGCCAAUCAGUUGCUCACUGGGCCAAAAAACCGUCUGACUAGAUAAAGUAAACCAGUCACAGUCCACUAAGUGCACUUGACCUGCUAGCUUUGUUAGCUUAAAUUAACAGAUAAUGUUUCUUUGAUGCAUAUGUAAUCAUUUUGAUUUAUUUUCUGCUAAAAUAAGAACAGCAGAGCAGCGUGCUCCUGCAUGUAUUCAUUUACUUUCUGGAUAUAUAUCAACUACUGAUUACAGCACAACCACUACUGAGGAGCAUAGCAAAGAAUUGUUCGCAGCUGUCAUUAAAUGGUCUGCCGUGUUGGUUGUUGAGCAAACUGAUGUUUGCAAAGUUGACUUUUUGGCCAUCUGAACAUUGACGUAUGGAUCAAAUUGAAGCCAACUCUGAAUAAACAUCCAGUAAAUGUUCAGACAGUUGGACUGAGCAGCCUCCAUUAGUUUGGAGCAGUUCAAAGUUAUGAAAAUGUGGAGACUCAGUCUGUUCCUCCUGAUCCUAGAAAUAAUGGAUUAAUCUUGGAAGGCUGUUGAUGCAGUGCUUCUCAUUUUAUGAAAGGUACACCAGUGAUCGUCUGACCAAUGAGAAUCCAAUCAGAUGAGAGCAAAUGGACCAACCAGUCACCUGCAGACUGCAGACCUACAGUUUAGUUCAUCUCUCAGCUUCAUCCUGACCUCUCUCAACAUGUCUGGAACUAUAAACAUGACCUGUGCUGGUACUGGGUUGGGACGUAUGCAGUGUUUAAAUGAAACAUGUCACGUAGUGUUUGGGUGGCUCUGGGUGGGAUCGUAGAAAACUUUAUAAAAAUGCGUUUUACUGCAGUACUCACUGCAGACCUCUGAGCUCCUUUCAUUCUUCCAGUAUAAACCUCUGUGUGUUUGUGUGGAUGCAGUUUGUUGUGAAUUUUAGUUUCUUUCUCUCGACAAAUACAUUUCAUUUCAAACAGACAGAUAUUCUUUUAUAGUCUUUGUUCGGCAGAUUUCUUCACUAUCAGCAGAACCUCUGUCUUUUAAGUGAAGAAAAAUCUACUGUGGAUUUACCUCCAGUGAAUGUAUGACCAGACUAUUCAGUCUGUAGUUUGACAGAGAAGCCUCGUAUGGACAGAAAACAGCUGUAGUUAUAUUCAUACGUACCAAGAACACACAAGACAGGAUGUAAUCAAAACAGGGUUCAGUCAUUUCCUUAAAAUGGAUGCAUCCUGUAUUAAAUACAGUUCCUACGGGGCUACUUCAUGAUGUGGAGCUCUUAAGCUGUAAUUUCUGUCACCUUUGUAUCCAGUCUUGUGAUUUACAUCAAGUCUUUUUCAACAGAACAAACAUCAAACUACUGGUUGUUGACCCGUCCGUGGUUUGUUGCCAGAAGGAGGGACAUGUAGUUAUGUUGAAAAUAAUCAUUUUCAUCAGUGCUCAGCUGAACGUACGAACACAUGUAACUGUUCUUCAACCCUCAGUGCUUCAGCUGCUCAUGGUACUUUCCUCUUUCUUCUCUCCUCUCAGUACCGCUCAGUUCUCAUGUUUUUCACUCUUCGGUUACACGUGAUGCCGAGUCAUGCCAGUGACCAGCCAGCCAUUAUGAAGUACACUUCACCUCGACUUUCAUGUGUUGCUUGUAUGUAGGAGUGGUUUUGUUGCUGUGAAGAGUCGAGGUGCGACCGGAAGUCUAUGAUUCUCUAAACCUCCGAUCAGGAGGAGAUGACGCAGAGUUCAGCCUGUGGAGGCUGUCAUGUAUCUGUCUGCACUGUGAUCCAUUUUAAAACCAAACCUUCAGUCCCGAUUGGCCAAAAUCUUUUCUGUAAUGUUUGAGUGUGAUGCCAGAAUGUCCUUUUGAGCCUUAUCGGCCUCAUCUGAAAGUCUGACUGACUGACACUGAAAAUGACCAGACAAGACCCAGUCUGUGUUCGGUUCUGGUGCAGCUCCGUUUGGGGUCGUCCUGCAGUAAAACUCCCGACGUGUCAGCAUGAAGUCAAGCUUCACAAGGCUUUGUAACUGAAUCCUACUGGAUAGCAACAGAUCUGAAUGUUGUUGUCAUGAAUUUGUCUCGUUCCCUCUGCAGUCUCUAAAUAUGAACUUCAGGGUGCUGAGAUGUCUUCAGUAACACACAGUUCAUUCCACACAUUUACACUCCUCACUCUGACACACAUGACAUUUGUAUUGCAUGUUCACACUGUAGCAUCAUAACCUUGAUUGUCUUGUAAAUAUCCAGUCAUUGGUCACACAAACACAUCACUGCAGUAUGCACAAAAGCACAGACUUUUUAUCUUGUUCAACAUGGAAAAUAAGUAGUUAGAUUAAGUAAGAUGAAUCUGCUGACCAGUCCACUGCCAGACUCUCAUUGUUUGUCUCUUGCCACAGGAGCCUCGACCAAUCGCAGGAGGCUGAGAGUCCACACCAACGAACCAAGAUAAAAUGAAGACCGGUGUCUGAUAAAAUGCCAAAACUACGAGUGACUCAGCGACUGUGGAGCCGCCAGGAUGACGUUCAUGUUAGUUCACCUGCAGGUGCUGCAGUAUCAGAGCUGAUCCAGCAGAGGGCGAACAGGCUGCUGUCCAGAGGAGGGACGCUCUGUUUCUGACCUUUAAUAAUAAAUGAUACAAACCUGA